CCUCUCGCUCUAGUGUCUCUCCUCUUAGAUCAUCAUCACAAUUCCAUAAACCAGUCUCUUUGUCAAACAAACACACUUCCUUCCUUUUUCACAAUGAAGUUCUCUACUGUCCUCGCCUCCAUCGCCCUCGGCGCCUCUUCCGUCCUCGCUGCCCCCGCCGAGGAGGUCAACCACCUUGAGGCCCGCAACCUCCCCGGCCUCAACGCCGUCCAGACCAAGUACGCCAACGCCAUUAUCGCCGAGGCCAAGAAGGUCGGUGUCGGUGCCCACGGCUGCCAGGCUGCCAUUGCCACUGGUCUCGUCGAAUCCAGCAUCAUCAUGUACGCCAACAAGGGUGUCCCUGCCUCGCUCAACUACCCCCACGACCGCGUUGGCUCUGACCACGAUUCCAUUGGCAUCUUCCAGCAGCGCGCCUCCAUCUACAAGAACAUCAAGUGCGACAUGGACGCCGCCUGCUCUGCUGGCCAGUUCUUCACUGAGAUGAAGAAGGUCAAGGGCUGGCAGACAAUGGCUGUUGGUACCCUCUGCCAGAAGGUCCAGCGCUCUGCCUACCCCGACCGCUACGCUAAGCAGGUUGGCCUUGCAACCAAGGUCUGCAAAGCCGGUGGCUUGUAAAAUCAUCAAAACUCUUGGAUAGAUCUGUUCGCGUAUAUAUUUGUUGUAUAAUGAAACUAAAUUGUCUACUACAAUCUCCUUGCCCAACAAUACCACAAUGUGAUUGAACCGCCGCCAAAUAUCAUUGGGUGCUGUUCAAUAAAUAGAUAAGCUAAAAACCAACCUAGUUUCUAAUUGAAUUGCUUUUGAAAGUUAAUUUUCACUUCUUUUGGC